AUGGAAACAGAUAAGCUCGCGUUUUGGGGCAUUGCUCUGAAGCCUGGGGAGCCCGCAGAUCUCGACCUCCAAGAUGGAGAGACGCUGCACGUUACGAUGGCCUCGCUUGGUGUCGAUUUGGCUGACGAAAAGGGCCGCUCUGUCGUCUCCGCCACUGUCCGCGACGGCAAUCAAAAGCAUGGGUUGGUUGUCCUCAAAGCUGGGAACACAGAAAGUCGUGUUAUGGACGUGUCGUUUAUUGGAGAUGAGAGCAUUACGUUUGAGGUGUCCGGCAAGAACGUGGUCCAUCUCGUAGGAAAUUUUUCGUUUGAGGAUGACAUAUCCGAUUCUGACGAGAGCAGCGAUGGGGAAGCCGAGGGAUUGAUCGGUCUUUACGAUGACGAUGGUGAUGACAUGGAUUCUGACUCGGAUGGGGAUGGGGACAUUCCGGAUCCUCGCCUAUUGGUCAACAGGCCUCCGGUCAUCACGGAAGUUACGGAAGAGGACGAGGAAGAGAAAAGAACAGAGGCUCUUGUUAGCAAAAAGAACAAGGGCAAGCUUCCAAACGGAAAGCAGAAGGCUGAGCCGAAGCAAGUCACUCCGAGGCAAACGAAGAAGAGCAUCUCUUUCAUGAAACCAGAAGAAGACUCUGAGGAAGAAUCUGAAGAAGAGUCAGAGGAAUCGGACAAGGAAGAUGUCAAGCCUGCUGCAAAGUCUGGGAAGAAGGGUAGCAAAAAGGGAAAGGCCAGACCUGAAGAGGAGGAGGAAGAUGAGAUUAAGAAGGUCAGCGAUGAUGACACCCCAAGGAAUUCAAAAGGGAAGAAGAACCGCAAGAAGAGGGCAGCUAACCCGGUUGAGCCAGCUUCGCCGACAACGAAGAAGUCAAAAAUUAGUCAACGUCCUGGUACGCCCGCGGCCGUGAAGACUUCUCAAAAAGCUCCGAAAGCGGACAGUGCCAAGGGACCUACAAAAAAGACUGCCAACGGAACUCCUGCUCCACCUGCGCAGAACAAUGCAGAGGGUGAGAAUGGGACAGCCUCGAAGUCGGGUAAGAAAAAGAGGAGAAGAUCCAAGAGGGGAAGCGGUUCAGCCUGAGCUGCUUGAAUCAGCACGGUUUAAACCACACUGCAGACCAUGUUUCGAUUUGUCUCUUGUAAACACCGCGACCGAACAUCUUUCGCAUACUUCCGACUUAUCAUGCUGCAACAAAGAUAUUCUAUACAACUCGUGCGCGUAUUGGCUUGGUAUUUGUUGGAUUCAGAAGCGUCAUUUCCGCUUCAUGCUGGAAGUUGGCAUCCUUUUUGCAAGAGAGCGAUGACGCGCCGCCCAUAUAACUUGGCUCUCACGUGGUAUGUGCUCGGGCGGCUCCUGGGCGAUGUAGUAGCGAAAAUGUUUGGUUCCAUGCUUUGUUGACAUUUCUCGCGCGAACAAGGCAUCCACAAAGCGUCUUCUCAAGUCGCACUUUUUGUCAGACCUGAUCCAUUUAUUUAGAAUAUAGUAGAAUAAGUUUGUCGUAGUCCUCGGUCCGUUGCAAACCAGUAUUGCAUUAGCAUUGCGUAAACUUCAUGGGUUUUCGUGUGGUC